AUGUUGAACCUGCGCACACAGAGCUUUCAUGAUGAUAAUUUACCAAAUAAUAAUUAUUUUCAAGAAGAAUCCGCUUAUGAUUCUGAAGCUUAUCCUUCAUACAUUAACUCCAUUGAAGGCCUCAAGUUCAACAACAUGACCAAGAUCGAAUCUGGAUUUUCCGAUUAUCCAACUAAGUUUCUACGGCUUGCAGCUUUUGUUAAGACAAUUGAUGUACAGAACUACGGAGCUAAAGGCGAUGGAAGUACUGAUGAUACGAAGGCCUUGACCUUUUACAAGUGCAAAAACUUGGUAGUGAAGGACCUAAAGAUUCAAGAUGCCCAACAAAUUCAUGUGUCCUUCCAAAAGUGCACAAAUGUUCAAGCUUCGAGUCUCACGAUAUCCGCUCCGGAGGGAAGCCCUAACACCGAUGGCAUGCAUGUCACGAACACUCAAAACAUCCAAAUUUCGAAUUGUGCAAUAGGGACAGGUGACGACUGCAUUUCAAUCGUUAAUGGAUCGCAAAAUGUCCAGGCGACGGAUAUCACUUGUGGACCGGGUCAUGGCAUCAGUAUUGGUAGCUUGGGAUUUGGCAAUUCAGAAGCUUACGUAUCAGAUGUGGUCGUGAAUGGAGCUCAGCUUUCUGGGACGACAAAUGGUGUCCGGAUUAAGACAUGGCAGGGUGGAUCUGGCAGCGUAAGCAACAUCAAAUUUAAGAAUGUGGAGAUGCAAAAUGUGAAGAAUCCCAUAAUCGUAGACCAAAACUAUUGUGAUCAAGCUGAAGCAUGUAUAGAGCAGAGUUCAACGGUACAAGUGAAAAAUGUAGUGUAUCAGAAUAUAAAGGGCACAAGUGCUUCAAAUGUAGCUAUCAAUUUGGACUGCAGUAAGAGCUCUCCAUGUCAAGGGAUCGUUUUGCAGAAUGUUAAAUUGGUGCGCAAAGGAGAAGGAUCGGUUAAAGCUACGUGCAAUAACAUAGUAAAUUUGGAGAAUAUGGGAACUGUUUCGCCACUUUGUCCUCAGUCACAUUCACAAUUUGAAUUCGUUAAUUCAAAAUGA